GCGGGAUAGCUCCCUGCUCACCACUUCCGCUCUCGCCGAGCGUCGUCAGACCCCAACACACGGCGAUGACGUCAACGAGACCGUCCGCCUGCGACUUCUCUCCGCGUCAAGCGCUGGGCUUCAAUCACGUGACCGCAUGGGUGGGUCCGACCUGAGUUCGGAGCGCUGCGGCUCGGGAGAAGCCACAGAACCCAACACAACACCAUCAACAACAACUUCCGUUCUCGCGGGGCACCGUCUCAACCACUGCACUUCCUGCUGUCCGCCACACGGGGGAGCGCUCGCUCCGUGAUGAUCACGUCAGCACCGCUCUGUGGCUCCGCAGGAGGGUUUGGCAUCACCAUCGCCGUAAACAACAACAACAAUAGAAACACGCGUGGAGCGUCUGCGCUCUGCUCUCCUGGUCCCUCGGCGUCAGAAGAGACGCAGAGAAGACGGUGUGGUCGACCAGCCGGGAACAGCGACCCUCAGUGGUCGGGAGCAGAGUGCAGCCCGCACCUGCUCCGCGCACGCGGACGCGGCUCACUGUGGGUGGCCGGCGCUAACCACGUGACCUGGCGAUGGCUCCCCUGGAUGACCGCGCUGUUUCAUGACUCGACGACUCCGAGUGCUCCGGUGUGGAGAGCCGGCCGCCAUGUUUGUUUGUCCUCGGCUGAAGCCUGACGGAGGCGCGCCACACUUCCGUCUCAGCUCGCGCCAGGUGAGGGCGGUGACGUCACACCGGAAGCGGUCGCAGGUUGAACACGGCGACUCGGAAAACUCGGACGUUACCAGAUUUUCGAGCGGAAAAGUGUUUCUCGAGGAAAAUGUGCGCGUUUGACAAGGACAAGGGUCCCCGGCAGCUGAUGAAGAAGGGCCUGGCCCUCAUCCUGGUGGGACACAUCAACUUCAUCCUGGGCGCCAUCGUCCACGGCAACGUGCUGCGGCACAUUUCCCAGCCGGACGGUCAGGUGACCACCGAGUACACGGCCACCAACGUCAUCUCCGUGUGCUCCGGACUGCUGAGCAUCGCCUGCGGCAUCCUCGCCAUCGUGGCGUCCAGGAACCUCCACGUGCCUCCGCUGCACGUGGGGCUGACGCUGGCGUCGCUGCUCAACGCGCUGCUGUCGGCCGCCUGCUGCGUGGGCCUCCUGCUGGCCAUCAGCGUGACGGUGGCUCACGGCGGUCAGGGUCUGAUGAAGGGCUGCAACCGCUCGGACGUGCCGGUGGACGCGCGCUCGCCCGUCACCGUCCAGUGCCCCUUCGACACCACGCGGAUCUACGACACCACGCUGGCGCUCUGGAUUCCCUCCUCCAUGCUGGCAGCCACCGAGGCGGCUCUGUCGGCCUGGUGCUUCGUGGUGGGACUCGCUCUCCGAGGCCUGGUCACCUGCGGGAACAGCUACGUGAAGGAGCAGCUGGAGGACGAGGCUCAGUGCUCGCCACACAGCCGGCGGCUGAUGGGCCGCCGCUCACCCGCCGACGCCUGAGUCAGGGUCCCUGCUUGGGGCAGCACUGAGGCAGUUUCACUGGAAAAGAAGUUUUUUUUUUUUCAUUUCAUUUUUUAAAUUGAGUUGAUGUAACAUUUGUUUGUGUGAGUGAGUGACUGUGUGAGUGAGUGAGUCACUGUGUGAGUGAGUGAGUGAGUGACUGUGUGAGUGAGUGAGUCACUGUGUGAGUGAGUGAGUGAGUCACUGUGUGAGUGAGUGAGUGAGUGAGUGAGUGAGUCACUGUGUGAGUGAGUGAGUGAGUGAGUGAGUGAGUCACUGUGUGUGUGAGUGAGUGAGUGAGUGAGUGAGUGAGUGAGUCACUGUGUGAGUGAGUGAGUGAGUGAGUGAGUGAGUGAGUGAGUCACUGUGUGAGUGAGUGAGUGAGUCACUGUGUGAGUGAGUGAGUGAGUGAGUGAGUCACUGUGUGAGUGAGCGAGUGAGUGAGUGAGUGAGUGAGUGAGUCACUGUGUGAGUGAGUGAGUGAGUGAGUGAGUGAGUGAGUGAGAGAGUGAGUGAGUGAGUGAGUCACUGUGUGAGUGAGUGAGUGAGUGACUGUGUGAGUGAGUGAGUCACUGUGUGAGUGAGUGAGUGAGUCACUGUGUGAGUGAGUGAGUGAGUGAGUGAGUCACUGUGUGAGUGAGCGAGUGAGUGAGUGAGUGAGUGAGUGAGUCACUGUGUGAGUGAGUGAGUGAGUGAGUGAGUGAGUGAGUGAGUGACUGUGUGAGUGAGUGAGUGAGUGAGUCACUGUGUGAGUGAGUGAGUGAGUGAGUGAGUGAGUGAGUCACUGUGUGAGUGAGUGAGUGAGUGAGUGAGUGAGUGACUGUGUGAGUGAGUGAGUCACUGUGUGAGUGAGUGAGUGAGUGACUGUGUGAGUGAGUGAGUCACUGUGUGAGUGAGUGAGUGAGUCACUGUGUGAGUGAGUGAGUGAGUGAGUGAGUCACUGUGUGAGUGAGCGAGUGAGUGAGUGAGUGAGUGAGUGAGUCACUGUGUGAGUGAGUGAGUGAGUGAGUGAGUGAGUGAGUGAGUGACUGUGUGAGUGAGUGAGUGAGUGAGUGAGUGAGUCACUGUGUGAGUGAGUGAGUGAGUGAGUGAGUGAGUGAGUCACUGUGUGAGUGAGUGAGUGAGUGAGUGAGUCACUGUGUGAGUGAGUGAGUGAGUCACUGUGUGUGUGAGUGAGUGAGUGAGUGAGUGAGUGAGUGAGUCACUGUGUGAGUGAGUGAGUGAGUGAGUGAGUGACUGUGUGAGUGAGUGAGUCACUGUGUGAGUGAGUGAGUGAGUGACUGUGUGAGUGAGUGAGUCACUGUGUGAGUGAGUGAGUGAGUCACUGUGUGAGUGAGUGAGUGAGUGAGUGAGUGAGUGAGAGAGUGAGUGAGUGAGUGAGUCACUGUGUGAGUGAGUGAGUGAGUGAGUGACUGUGUGAGUGAGUGAGUGAGUGAGUGAGUGAGUGACUGUGUGAGUGAGUGAGUCACUGUGUGAGUGAGUGAGUGAGUGACUGUGUGAGUGAGUGAGUCACUGUGUGAGUGAGUGAGUGAGUGAGUGAGUGAGUCACUGUGUGAGUGAGUGAGUGAGUGAGUGAGUCACUGUGUGAGUGAGUGAGUGAGUCACUGUGUGAGUGAGUGAGUGAGUCACUGUGUGAGUGAGUGAGUGAGUGAGUGAGUGAGUCACUGUGUGAGUGAGUGAGUGAGUCACUGUGUGAGUGAGUGAGUGAGUCACUCACUGUGUGAGUGAGUGAGUGAGUGAGUGAGUGAGUGAGUGAGUGAGUGAGUCACUGUGUGAGUGAGUGAGUGAGUGAGUGAAUCACUGUGUGAGUGAGUGAGUGAGUGACAGUGCGUCAGUGCGUCUGUUUCUCACCUCGCGACAGUCAUGGACUGAAACACUUCAGCAGCAAUUGAGUUGUUGCUAGCAGCGGUAACCAUGGCGACCAUCACCAAGUGGUCGAUCCGAGUCACGCGCCGCCCACAACUUGUUGGCUUCAGGAGAGAGGCAGAUUCGACGAGUCUCAACUUGGCCUCACUUCCUGUUCUGCUGUGUGAGUCUCUCCUCUUCAGGCAGAGAGGAGAGACUCCAGGCUGAUGGCUUCAUGUUGAUCCCUUCCAACUGUUGGUGUCUGAAUAAACUUGUGUCAGCCACCGGCCUGAUCUGUUGCCUCCGUGCUGUUGAGGGUCACGCCCUCUGCUGGAGACACGCUCUCACCCGGUGUUGCACCGUGGCCUUGACCAUGUCAGCGCCAUGAGAGCAGCCGUGAAACGGUGUAUCCUCACACACACGCACACACACGCCUCUGCAGCAGAGUCAUGGUGAAGGACAUGAGGAGAGCAGGCUCUGCAGCAGAGUCAUGGUGAAGGACAUGAGGAGAGCAGGCUCUGAGCAGAGUCAUGGUGAAGGUGAAGGGCAUGAGGAGAGCAGGCUCUGAGCAGAGUCAUGGUGAAGGACAUGAGGAGAGCAGGCUCUGCAGCAGAGUCAUGGUGAAGGACAUGAGGAGAGCAGGCUCUGAGCAGAGUCAUGGUGAAGGUGAAGGACAUGAGGAGAGCAGGCUCUGCAGCAGAGUCAUAGUGAAGGACAUGAGGAGAGCAGGCUCUGCAGCAGAGUCAUAGUGAAGGACAUGAGGAGAGCAGGCUCUGAGCAGAGUCAUGGUGAAGGUGAAGGACAUGAGGAGAGCAGGCUCUGCAGCAGAGUCAUGGUGAAGGACAUGAGGAGAGCAGGCUCUGCAGCAGAGUCAUGGUGAAGGACAUGAGGAGAGCAGGCUCUGCAGCAGAGUCAUGGUGAAGGUGAAGGACAUGAGGAGAGCAGGCUCUGAGCAGAGUCAUGGUGAAGGACAUGAGGAGAGCAGGCUCUGAGCAGAGUCAUGGUGAAGGUGAAGGACAUGAGGAGAGCAGGCUCUGCAGCAGAGUCAUGGUGAAGGACAUGAGGAGAGCAGGCUCUGCAGCAGAGUCAUGGUGAAGGACAUGAGGAGAGCAGGCUCUGCAGCAGAGUCAUGGUGAAGGUGAAGGACAUGAGGAGAGCAGGCUCUGAGCAGAGUCAUGGUGAAGGACAUGAGGAGAGCAGGCUCUGAGCAGAGUCAUGGUGAAGGUGAAGGACAUGAGGAGAGCAGGCUCUGCAGCAGAGUCAUGGUGAAGGACAUGAGGAGAGCAGGCUCUGCAGCAGAGUCAGACGCCGCUCCCUCACCUUGAAAGACUCGAGCUUCUCAUCAGUGACGUGAACACAUGAAUGAAGUCCUCCAGGCUUCACACGCGCCCAGAGCACCAGCUCUCAGGCCGCACCUGCUG